AUGCAAUACGCCCCUUUCCAAAAUGGCAAAGAGAAAUCGAUCAGCUUCACCUUCCAAUACGCCGCGUGCCCAACGAGCUAUACGUCGAUUGGCAAGAGCAUCCCUGCCCACAGCAUCCCCGCCUAUAGUACCCCCCAGCCAACAGGACCCCCGCCCACAGCACCCCGCGGAUUGUCAACACUCUCCACCGACACUGCAGACUCACUAACCAGCUUGGAGCAAGACGCCCAGGUUAAGAUCCAGGCUUAUGAAAACAAGUCUCUUCGCGAUGAGACGCUGUUGAAAAGCGGCUUGAAUGCAUUUCUCACGUGGCUACCAGAGGCCAGCAGAACCUCCAUCGCGAGAGAUGUUAUUAAGACAAGCUCAGAUAGAGAGCUGUACGAUGUCUUUAUGAACCUUUUCACCGGACUUGCUGUACCGAUUGUCUCCACCCUCGAUCAACCGGAAAGGCGUGACCCUUCGUUCGCGGCACAGCUCAAACUGCGGGAUAACUAUCGCUGUGUAAUCACGGGUCAACUGAACACCGAUCAAUGGGAGCACGAAGGCGAACUAGGAGACGUUCUCUAUGGCCCGACUGAGGGGGGCUCACAUAAUACCUUUUGCGUGUCCGGAGCGCUAAGAGAUACAUCAAACACCUGGGCCUUACUAUAUAAGUGUUUCCCUACGCUACGCGAAAUACUUUCAGUAGAGAUUAACACUCUUCGUAAUAGGAUCACUCUUCGAGACUAG